GCAUCCUCGUGUUUUCGUCAGUUGCUUGUUCCCCUGCGAUGGCGACGACGGUCACAGCUGCCGACGGUCCACUUCUCCGUCGCAGGCGUCGGUUUUCCACUGCAGACACCUCGCGCUAUGCUCGCCUGCCUCUCUGCAGAAGAUUGCCAGACUCGCUGGAGGCUCUCGACCUCUCCACAGCCUCAGCACGGGAGGCAUUGGGCACCCUGAAAGUUCUUUUGUUGUCUUACCUGGAAGAUGCAGAGCACAGGCUGUCCAAGCUCGAGUCACCCAUCUCUGAUCUCCGCAUUGCGGAAACGUUCAAGAUCAAAGGUGACCACUCAAUCGAGGACGCCCGCCUCUGGGCCAAGGAUGCCCUUGAGAUGGUACGGGGCAUUCGCUCGGACGUGUCCUCCCACUUCGCUGAACUACCCGACAUUCCAUCCUUGACUGACGUCCGAGCGCACCUUGCCUCCUUUUCCCUGACUGAUAUCAAUGUACAUAUUGACGACGUUCGUUCUCGCCUCUCGGAUUUAGACUUUUACAACCGACUGUCGGCCAUUUCUACGCGUCUCCAGUCAUUUCAGGCUCACCUACGGUCCAUGGACAUACUUGCCGUAGAUAUUCCUUCGCUGCCCAACAGAACCCGCUUUUCCGGUAUCCUCGAUUCAAUUAUGUCGUCGGAACUGGUGUCCGAGCUGACGGACGAUGUGAACAAAGCAGAGGAAAUGCUCGAGCACGUUGCACUGGAUGUUGCCCGAGCUGUGAAACAGUCUCUUCAGGGUUCACGGCUCAUUCAAUACGUAGACUUGCCUCCCCAGUGGAGGAACAACCCUUUCGUCACGAGGGGAUAUCGGUUCAUUCCCCUCGAGAAAUGGCCACUCAUCAUCAUGUCUCUCUUUGCCGUCCAUAACGAAACGCUAAAUAUUCACACACACCUUAUUCCGUUCUUGCUGUGGUUUAUCAAUUGCAUUCCAAUAUUCAAUACCCCGAGAUUUGUAGAUAUACCCGAGGCAGCGUUCCUGACGUUCGCCCUCAUUUGCCUCUUCAGUAGCGUUGUCUGGCAUACCAUGUCUGGCUGCGCGCAUCCGGAAGGAAUGGACCUCUGUGCUAGAAUCGAUUAUGUAGGAAUCGGAUGGCUCAUCAGUGCUUCUGUUGGCACCGUCGUGUACUAUGGAUUUCAAUGUCACCCAAACAUUGGCAACAUGUUUCUCGUAUGCUGUCUCUUGACCGGCGUGGCGGGAAAUGCGUUCCCGUUUUUCAAGUGGUUCAACGAUCCUGCAUACAGGCAUUUGCGCAUCCUCUUUUUCGUGUCCCUAGCUUUCACGUCUGCGGCGCCGAUUGCCGCCCUCUCGUACCUACAUUCUCCCUCGCAAGUCAAGGUCUUCCUCGACCCAAUCUGGCCAUCCAUCAUUUCUUACCUUAUCGGACUUGCGUUUUAUGCGACACACUUUCCCGAGUGCCUACUUUCCGAGCGAUUUUCGCACUAUCUUGACUGGUGUGGCGGUGGCUCGCAUGCGAUAUGGCAUGCAUUCAUCGUACUUGCUAUCAAACAGCAUCGGGAGGCUAUUGCUUUACUUCGUGACGGGUUCCAAUGCCAAGGAUCGGGAUGAGCCCCUAGAGUGAGGGGGUUGGAGACUACGCCAGGGUCUAUAGAAGCUAUCAACUGGGUAUUUAUGUCAGAAUUCCUAACCUUAAUGCUCGAUUUUUGUCCACACGACUGGAUGUCCAGAGGUCGACUUGGUUCAACCAUGACUCCAUCCUGUUUAGCCAUAUUUUGCUUGUCUAGAGAACUGCGUGUUCUAUAUACCAUCUGUCUGGCCCCUCGAGGUGCUAUCGC